UUAACUGUCUACAUUAUUUAAAUUCUUUUUAUAUUUAAAAUAAAUUAAAUUUUUGCUAACAGCACGUUGGCCCAAACUCCCCAAAUUUUUAAAAACAUAGAUAUAAAUUAUGACGUCGAAAAUUUCUCGCGACACGCUUUAUGCGGCAGUAAAAAAUAUUAUACGGAUCUCACAGGCUAAGGAAACCGAAUGCCCUGAAUCCAUGGAGCUGCAGAUUGGACUUAAGGACUAUGAUCCCGAAAAAUGCAAGCGCUUUUAUGGAAGUGCUUUAUUACAUCACCUUGCAGUUCCGCAAUUAAAGGUAUGCGUGUUAGGAGAUCAAAAGCAUUGUUACCAGGCCAAGAGUAUUGGAGUUGAUAGCUUGGAUGUGGAAGCUCUCAAGAAACUUAACAAGGAUCAGAAGUUGGUCAAGAAAGUGGCCAAAUCUUACGAUGCCUUCUUGGUCUCCGAGUCGAUAAUAAAACAAAUUACAAGUCUGCUGGGUCCUGGUCUUACUAACGCCGGCAAGUUUCCUACUCCUCUGACCCACAUGGAAUCAAUGUCUUCCAAAAUCAAAAUACUAACCACCAAGAAAUUACUGAUAAAAAAGAUGGCUUGCAUCUCCGUUAAUGUUGGACAUGUGGGCAUGCCUGCAGAGGAACUGACCCAAAACAUAAGCAUGUCGGUCAAUUUUCUCGUAUCUCUGCUGAAGGACAACUGGCAGAAUGUGCGUUCACUUCAUAUAAAAUCAUCCAUGGGUGUUUCACAUCGACUGUAUUAGAUGGCGGUAUACCUAAACAGUAGAUAUGUGUAAACUAAUCAGUGUUAAAUAAAAGGACGAACUAUUGCAAAUCUA